AUGCAUACUCUAUCUCCACCUCCCUCUUCCAACGCACUCAAUUUCAACCACAUAAUAACACGCCCCUGUCGGUCACCAAACCGGGUCGGUGUCGCUUCGACCCGAAUUCUCAUCAAAUGUGCUUACGGUGUCGGCUCAAGCCGAGCCGACUGGCAAAGCUCGUGCGCUAUUCUAUCUAGCAAUGUUUCUUCUCAAGAGAAACCUUCCACUGACAUCAACGGAGGCAAAUCCGAUCACAUCGCCGCCAUCAAUGGCCACAAAACCAACGUGACCAACCUCCAGUUAGUUCCCAUCGGAAGCCUCAGUGGAGAGCUUUCAAAGCCGCUUCCACCGAAGCCGCUCACAAUAUCCGACCUUGCUCCUGCUCCGAUGCACGGCUCGCAGCUUCGCGUCGCGUAUCAAGGGGUCCCCGGCGCGUACUCCGAAGCUGCUGCCGGAAAAGCUUAUCCGAACUGCGAAGCCAUUCCGUGUGACCAAUUCGAAGUCGCGUUUCAAGCGGUUGAGCUCUGGAUUGCCGAUCGCGCCGUUCUACCGGUGGAAAAUUCCCUCGGAGGCUCGAUCCAUAGGAAUUACGACCUCCUCCUCCGUCACCGUCUCCACAUCGUGGGUGAAGUUCAACUCCCGGUUCAUCACUGUCUCCUCGCUCUCCCCGGAAUCCGAAAAGAAUAUCUAAACCGAGUAAUUUCUCAUCCACAAGCACUCUCUCAGUGCGAACACACGUUAACAAAACUCGGCAUCAACGUGGCACGUGAAGCCGUCGACGACACAGCCGGAGCAGCGGAAUUCAUCGCAACAAACAGCCUUCGCGACACCGCCGCAAUAGCAAGCGCACGCGCGGCGGAGCUUUACGGUUUACAAAUCCUAGCAGACGGAAUCCAGGACGACCCGAGUAACGUGACCCGGUUCGUCAUGCUGGCCCGAGAACCGAUAAUUCCACGGACCGAUCGUCCUUUCAAAACCAGCAUCGUUUUCGCACACGAUAAAGGAACUUCAGUGCUUUUCAAAGUGCUUUCAGCUUUCGCGUUUAGGAAUAUUAGCUUAACGAAGAUUGAAUCGAGGCCGCAUCGUAACCGUCCGAUUAGGCUUGUGGAUGAUGAGAACGUUGGAACUGCGAAGCACUUUGAGUAUUUGUUUUAUGUUGAUUUUGAAGCUUCUAUGGCUGAAGUUAGGGCACAAAACGCGUUGGCGGAAGUUCAGGAAUUCACCUCGUUCUUGCGAGUGUUGGGUAGUUAUCCUAUGGAUAUGACUCCUUGGUCUCCUACUAAUGGAGAUUAG